AUCAUUCCACCCCUUUCCUCGUCACCUCCCAAUUCCAAGCUUGCUACACAUUUUCUUCUUUUUGCAAAAUUGCAACUAGUUAGCCUGCUAACUUUUGUGCACCAUGGGCAUGGCUGAUAAGAGCUUGGCGAAGAGGAAGGCUGGGCUGAUCACCAAGACGCUGGACAGGUGCUGGAGCACACCAAUGAGGAACAAGCCUGCAGAGGGCUGUUUCUCUGUCUACGUCGGUGCCGGGAGGCAGCGGUUCGUGGUGCGGACAGAGUGCGUGAACCACCCGCUGUUCCGGGCGCUGCUCAAGGAGGCCGAGGAGGUGUUUGGGUACGCAGACGCAGGGCCCCUCGAGCUACCCUGCAACGCCGAGGCGUUCGCUGGGGUGUUGGAGCAGAUCGAGGAGGAGAAGCAGAUGGCAGGGGGAAGGAGGUGCGGCCUCGCCAGGGGGAAAUCCUACCGGCUGCUUGGCACCGGUCAGGCUGUCAACAUCGACCGGUCGUAGCAUAUGCAUUGGAUUGGAUGAUGCCGAGUUGAUGAGCUCUAAGUUUUGUUGAGCUCGCAUUCUGGGGCUAUCAUGUACACAUUUGGAAGCAACCUUAGCAUUCCCAAGUAUGGUAAACAGCAGCAUCAUAUACUGGGCAAAUGAGAUACUUUUUUUUUUCUUCUUUUUCUAUUUUGCAUUUUUUGUGGGAAGGCAAUGUUAGAUGUUGAUGUGUUUUCCCCUCCUAAGUUGUAUUAUCUGUCGGUGGAAGUGUUAUACAGAUAUAUAAAGAAUCUAUAAGUUUUUUUUGUGUCCAUAUAUGGCAUAAUGUUGCAAUUCCAAAGUAGAAUCGCACAGUUCAAUUCAUCUCGCACUGAUUGCAAGUGGUUUGGAUCAAAUUACGCUAAGAUACACCUAUAGUGUUUUUCCACAGAUCUUCUCUUAGGCAAGCAUCCAUUAAUUUGCUAUCCAAAUCUGUUUGGAUUCCAUUUACACACUGGAUUACAGAGCCUCAACUCAUGACAAUUUUUAAAAUCUCAAAGCACCGAAACAUGUUUGCCGACUAGACACAGGGCACACCGAAUGGAGGUAUGGCAUCAAUUAGUCAAGUGAUCUAAAUCAACAAAAACUAACCACAAAAAAUGGCCAUAAACGAGAAAAGUCGUUAUGUUGAUAUGGUUAAAAGGUAGACAAAAAACAAAUGAGUGGUAGCGUAGUAGAUGAUGUAAUCAGGAUUGAUCAAAUAAAUGAUGAUUUGGCAUCUAUAAGGAUCGGUAUACCUAAUGUCUCGGAAAUGGAAAAGGGCUAAAGUAAUGUUAGUUUAAUACAUUUGGUUGGAUUGAUCUCCAGGUACAUAAAUUUUUUCAAGACAAAGCUAUAGAAUUAGUGCAUUAAUGUACAAUACUGGUAGCAUGUGGGUUACCAUUUUCAUUGUCAACUGAUGUUUUUUCUCCAGCCAAUACCGCUUGAUGCUUGCUAGGGACAUUUUUGCAGAAAUGUAACUCCAGAACCAGUCGAUGAGCAACUUCCUUUGAUCCUGGAAUCAGGGCAAGGUUAAGGAUUCCAGGUAUACUUUGACUCAUUCAGAGGACUGAAGAACACCAAAGCAGGGGAUAACGUAGCGGUAACUCGGUAAGGGGAAAACAGACACCGCAAAUUACUGGGUAUUAUAUUAUUAACAAUAAACUGCUUGAUCCAGCAUUUUCCUAUUGUUUGAACUUGCAACCAAUCAGUUGAACCCAGGGACCCUACAGUAACCAUACUACCAUGACUUGGGGAUAGUUCUUUGAAUAUCCAAAGACAGAAAUCGUAUAUGCCGCGUCUCAAUAAACAGCCUUGACCAGUGCCCGGCUUUGUUGAAUCUCUGUCUCCAUAUUCUGCGGCAUGGAGAAGCUAGAGACGUAAACUCUAACCUCACUUCUAUAUAACUGCCACUAGCAUUUCCUGACCCCAUGGACAAAUGGAUCCAUUAUCCAGAUGCAGAUAUCUUCAUAUAAUAUUGCCUCAAGCAUUGACUAACUAAUCCAGUACUAACUUUUGGAACACUUGAAGCAGCAACAAGAGUGCGGCAGCAUUAGAAAAU